CUGUCGUAAUUUGCCAUUUGUGGCGGGCGAUAUGGCGGCAAAGACUGGUGAGGGCCAAAAGCAGAAAGAGUGGUUAUCGUGCGGCGCCAGCGGGAAGCGUCGGAAUGACCCCCCUAAAGGAAGCGGCUUUCUUCACGGCCAAGGAGACUCCUCGCCAACCAGAUUAUGACGAUUUGACGCAUCUGCCGGCAGGCGAAAGACGGUGGCUGCGCGUCAAAAGCCGGGAUUAGUCGGUUCCGGCCUGGACCAUGAGGCUGGAGCGCGGACGGCGGGCUUCGCUGGCGCUCACCCUCAACUUCAUGGCGUUUGUGUUCGCCCUGUCGGCCGUGUGCACCAGCUACUGGUGCGAGGGCACCAGGAAAGUGGCCAAGCCUUUCUGCACGGGGCCGCCCGUCCAGGUCAAGCAGUUCUUCUGCAUCCGCUUCAACAGCUCCAACAUCAACGACAGCCGCCUGGUGCAGUACAUCUUCGAGACCGGCGAGGAGAAGUUCUUGCUCAAGAAGUUCCACACCGGGAUCUUCUUCUCCUGCGAGCAGGCCGCAGACAUGAACGGCUUCGACUGUCGAGACUUCUCGGAGAUCGCACCUGAACACGAGCGAGGUGUGCUGUGGCUCUGCAUCGUGGCCGAGACCUUGUACCUGGCGCUGCUCUUUGCAGGCGGCGCCCUCAUGAUCCUGGAACAAUGCCCCUGCUUCAGCGUCAUGAACAAACUGAAGCUGAGUGCCUUUGCCGCCAUGUGCACCGCGUUGUCAGGCCUUUGUGGGAUGGUGGCCCACAUGAUGUUCACCACCAUCUUCCAGCUGGCCGUGGCCAUGGGUCCAGAAGACUGGAGACCCAAAACCUGGGACUACAGCUGGUCUUACGCCCUAGCGUGGGGGUCUUUCGGCACCUGCAUGGGCUCGGCGGUCACGGCGCUGAACCGCUACACCAAGACCAUCAUCGAGUUCAAGUUCAAGAGGCGGAACAUCGAGAAGAGCCUGCUGAUCAAGCAGAAGCUGAUGGAGCUGGACGUCCCCGAUCACAUGUGGUACGUGACUACCGACGCAGAGGCCCCGCUGGAGCUGCCCCCCGCCAACGGGCACAAGCCGCCCACGGGGACUGCCUACGUGCUGGAAAUGGACCACGCCGCCGAGCCGCAAGGAGAGGCGUAUUGCUAAAAAUAGAAGGGUGACCUUUGACCCUGUGGUCCACUGCAACACAUCCUGGACCUAUUUCCCUCCACCCACUCGACUGUGGGAUUGAAAAAUCUAAUAACGGAAUUUUUUUUAUGUGUGUGUAUGUGUGUGGUGGAAAUAAUGUAACACGCUCGGCUUUGACACAACAUGCAUCUCAUCAAAUCUUCCACGUGGUCAUGUGAUAUGCUAAGCGGCGUUUUGACACUAAGCUGUUUCUUUGACCACGUGACCUUUGACACUUAGCCGCGUGGACGUAUGGACGAGCGGGGAGUCAUGUGACUGGACAUGUCGUUUCUGCUGACACACAGAGGACAACAUGGUGCCUCUUAUAUUAUUACAUUAUGUGUGUGCGUGUGUGUGCGUGUGUGUGCGUGCGUGUGUGUGCGUGUGUGUGCGUGUGUGUGCGUGUGUGUGCGUGUGUGUGUGUGUGUGUGUGUGUGUGUGUGUGUGUGUGUGUGUGUGUGUGUGUGUGUGUGUGUGCGUCUUCUGUUUAUGCUAACACUGAAGCUCAAACAGAAGGGAUCAGCGCCUCAACACAUGAUAAUAUUGUGACAUAUUGGUCUGUUCUUGAAAGGAUUAUUCAAGUAACCUGUAGGUGCACGGAUGUAACGAUUAAUGCUAAUCAUGAUAAUAUCAAAUUAAAAGAAUCGAAAAACCGCAAUUGCUGGGUUGCAUAUGUUGUUCAAAACCAUAAAACCUUAAUACCUUAAAAACUAUAAUAGUUACGAGUGUCUGUAUUAGUACUAUCAACUUGCAAUGGCAUUCUUUUUGUUUUGUUUAAUUUUCACAAAUUCCUUAGUGAAUUCACCAAAACGUCACAGUUGAAUUAUUGAGUCUGUUUAGCUGAAUGGGGAGCUUGCUUUCGCAGCUCGCGGGUCCAAGAUGAUGGCUUCCGUUUGGUUUAAUCAGCCGUUUUACUGCCCUGUUACAGACACCAUUGAGAAAAAAUUAGGUAUGUAAAUAAACAUUUACAGCAUAUUUGUGUGUAAAUAACUAAUUUCACAACGUAUAUAUCUGCGGCUUAUAGUCAGGCUGUGGCUUACAGUAUGUAUGGUAUAUCUUUUUUUCUUUCUAAAAUUUAGUGGUUGCAGCAUAUAUAGUCCG